AUGCUAGAAAACUUUGGAGAGAACCUGCUUUGCCUGGCCUUGCGGGGUUGCUUCAGCUCAAACAAGAACUUGCAUGCACAUCGUUUAAACAACUCAGGCGGGAAGGCCAUGACAAUGCGGAGCCAACCGAGCCUAAAGAGGGUGGCCCAGGACCAAGGCGUCGAAGAAGUAUCUAUGGACAGUCAGGGAAUCCAAGCAGCGUGUCGAAAACGGAGACCCAAAGCCUUUCACUUGGUCCACCUGAAGAAGCACCAUCAAGGUCCAUCACUGGAGAAAGGAGCGAAGCAACCAGCUCCUUUGGCCUACCAGAUGGUGAGCCCAGAGCAGAUGCUCCAAGACGCCGUCGAGGCGGUGUAA